AUGGGGCCGUGGCCGUGGCCGCUGCUCUGCGGCUUCCAGGCGGUGCUGGUGCAGGUGGCCGUGCUGACGGCGGGGCAGCGGCCGCAGGAGAGACCCCCGAGGCCGGCGGGAUGGUCGCCGGCCCCUUCAUCCUCGUGGGCGCCCACCCCGGAGCCGGGAGCGCCGGGGGACAGCGAGGGCUCGGCGGCGGCUCUGGCGUUCCUGCGCACGGGCGAUGCCGAGCGCCUGGCCCGGGCCAACUGCAGCGGGGCCGUUCCGGCGGGGGCUCCCGGGCCCGGGCCCCCCCCGGCUCUGCGGGCAGCCCUGCGAGCCGCCCCCGAGGCUCUGGCGCACUCGGCCAACUUCCUCAACAUGCUCUUCCAGACCAACGACAUCCGCGAGGCCAGCGUGGCCGAGGACGUGGAGUGGUACCAGGCGCUGGUGCGCAGCCUGGCCGAGGGGCACCCGUGGGUGCGCAGGGCGGUGCUGGCCCUGGACGCGCACCCGCUGGCCCCCAAGCCCCGGCUGAUGCUGCAGGCCACCAAAGGGGACGGGCAGAUCCUGCUGCAGGACGUUUCCAGCGCCGCUCCCAGCCUGGGCAACCUGAGCUGGGACAACGAGUGGUUCAACGCGCUCAAGGCGCAGCGCGUCCCGGCGCUCCGCAAGCGGGUGCUCAGCAAUGACCUGCGCAGCCUGGAGACCCCCAAGUGGCAGCGGGGCGACAGCUACGUGGGGGACCCGGGCCACGUGCGCUGGUCCCCGCCGUUCCUGGAGUGCCGCGAGGGCCAGUUCCUGCCCACCUGGGUGGUCACGCUCUCCUCCGCCUUCUACGGGCUCAAGCCGGACCUCAGCCCCGAGUUCAAGGGGGUCGUGCGGGUGGACGUGGAGCUGCGGGACGUGGCCAUCGACCAGUGCUCCAGCGGGCCGGGCUGGUUCUCGGACACGCAUCGCUGUGACCUCAACAGCACCCAGUGUGUCCCCCAGGAGAGCCGCAGCUUCGUGCUCGGGAGGUACCUGUGCAGGUGCAAGCCGGGUUUUUACGGGGCCGGCGGAGUGGCCAGCGGUGCCUGGGCAGGUGUGCCGGGCUCGGACGGGGGCUCCCGGCUGCGGUGCCGCCCGUGCCGCCCGGGCUGUGCCACCUGCCAGGACGACACUCCCUGCCUGAUCCAGGAGGACCCGGUGCUGCGGGCAGCGGUGCUGUCGUGCCAGGCCUGCUGCAUGCUCGCCAUCUUCCUCAGCAUGCUCGUGUCCUACCACUUCCGACGCAGCAAGAGGAUCAGGACAUCAGGAAUCAUCCUGCUGGAGACCAUCCUCUUCGGCUCGCUCCUCCUCUACUUCCCCGUGUUCAUCCUGUACUUCAAGCCCAGCAUCUUCCGCUGCAUCGUGCUGCGCUGGGUGCGGAUGCUCGGCUUCGCCAUCGUCUACGGCACCAUCACCCUCAAGCUCUACAGGGUGCUGAAGGUGUUCCUGUCCCGCACGGCCCAGCGCGCUCCCUACGUGUCGAGCGGGCGGGUGCUGCGCAUGCUGGCGCCCAUCCUGCUGCUGGUGCUCUGGUUCCUGGCAGCCUGGACCAUCGGCAUGCUGGAGAACGCCCACAAGAACAUCCCGCUGGUCAUCCGAGCCCAGACCAACCGCGGCCUCCACUUCUCCAUCUGCGGCCACGACUGCUGGGAUUACAUGAUGGUCAUCGCCGAGGUGCUGUUCCUGCUGUGGGGCAGCUUCCUGUGCUACGCCACGCGCGCCGUGCCCUCGGCGUUCCACGAGCCCCGCUACAUGGGCAUCGCCCUCCACAACGAGCUCAUGGUCUCUGCUGCCUUCCACGUGGUCAGGUUCCUGAUUGUCCCCUCGCUGCAUCCGGACUGGACUCUGCUGCUCUUCUUCGCUCACACCCACGGCACCAUCACCAUGACCCUGGCGCUGCUCUUCAUUCCCAAGUUCCUGCACACGGGCUCGCCGCUGCGGGAGGAGAUCACGGCCGAGGUGUACGAGGACGAGCUGGACAUGCGGCGCUCGGGCUCCUGCAUGAACAGCAGCAUCGCGUCCGCCUGGAGCGAGCACAGUCUCGACCCCGAUGACAUUCGGGAGGAGCUGAAGAAGCUUUACCGGCAGCUGGAGGUGCACAAGACGUGGCGGAUGGCGAGCAACAACCCGCACCUGGGCAAGAAGCGCAGCUCCCGCCGCAGCCUCGCCCGCUCCAUCCUGCGCCGCGGCGGAGCCGAGCCGGCCGAGAGCGGGGAUCGCCCGGGGAGCGCGUCCCGCCGCAGCUCCUCGGCCAAGCGGCUGGUGGAUGGCGGCGGGAGCAGCCUGAGGAUGCGGGAUGAGAGCUCCCGGCGCCGCUCCUCAGCGCUGCGCAAAUCCCGCAGCUCCGAGGGACCCCCGCGGGAGCCGCGCACCCCCAGCCCGCCCGGGGAGGCUCCUCCGGAGGCCGCGCUGGAGCUGGAGCAAUCCGACAGCGACUCGCUGGAUGCCGCCCCGCUGCUCUGCAAAUCGGCCAGCGCCCAAAACCUGGCGGGGCACUGGCGGCGACCCCCGGGCCGCGCCCCGCCCUUGCAGAAGUCGCACAGCGUUGUCAGCGGGGCGCGGGACGCGGCGCUGCUGGCCGCCCGCAGGGACGAGUGGCGCGGCAGCCGCCACCGCUCCGCGCCCGCCGCGAGGGUCCCCAGCGACACGGCGACACCGCGGAGCGACAAGGGAUCCCAGGAGGACGUGGCCCCGCUGGGAGAUGCCAAGGGGCACAAACAUGUCACCUACGGGCCCGUCAAGAGCGUCAGCGUUGACAGCGCGCACCCGCCCAGGAGGGUGAGGGUGACGGUGAAGAAAACUCCCCCUCCGCCCCCCGUUCGCUACCAGAGCCUGCAGCGCUCGGGGACGCUCGGGGACGGCCCGGAGCCACCCCCGGGUGCCCCGGCAGAGGCGGGAGACGCGGAGGGGACAGCAGGGGACGAGCCGGAGCGCGCCUCCCCCCCGGCAGGGAAAGGCAGGUUGGUGACCCCGAGCGCCAGCUCGGCUCACGUCUGUCCCUGGGAGCUGGUGCAGGAAGAGAUCCUGAGCAGGAAACAAAAAGCGGCCGAGGCAGCCGAGGCAGCAGAGUCAGAGACCGCUGGUGACACAGCGGCCACCAGCCCCGGCACCAAGCCGCCCUCCCAGAAGCGUUUCCGGAGCCUGGGACUCGCCAUCAAAGCCCUGAACCGCUCCAAGGGGAAGAGCAUCCUGAAAGCGAAAAGCGAGGGGAGCCUCAGAAAAAGGGGGAGCAGCAGGAGGGAGAAGCCCGGGCUGGCAGAGAUCUCGGCCGUGUCCCUCGGGGGGUUCAGCCCGGACGCCGCUGCCAAAAGCCCCGAGAGGAGCGGGCAGAGCCUCGCCCUCCAGCACAACAACAACGCCGCCGUCCCCGGGGAAGCCGCGGACUGGGGGGACAGCGGGACAGGACAGUGGGACAGCCUGGCCCCGGGGACAGGCGAUGGCGACAAAGCGGCAGAAGAGCCCAGCGCUGCCCCAGGGGACGCUCUGGAGCCACCAGCCAGCGCGGAGGUGGCACAGCCACGGGAAGGGGACGAGGAUCUGGGGGAGGACAUUCCUGAAGUCACAGAGGAGGAAGGGACACUGGAACAGCUCGAGGGGGCUGGAAGGACGGAGGAGGAGCAGCCGCCCGCAAAACCCACCCCGAGCAGCGUUGGUCCGCCCGGAAUUCCGGCUGGAAGGGGAGCCUUGCUGCGCCAGGAGGCGAUCGCUGCCCGGGAGGAUGGCGGGAUCCCCGAGAGCCCGGACAAGGCGCUGGAAAAGGGGAGCAGCCAGCCCGAGCCCGAGCGGGGCCCCGGGAGCAGCUGGAGUGCGCAGGGAGAGCUCAGUCCUGCGGGAGAUUCCAGCUCCAAAGCAGGAAUUUUUCCUGGGAAGGGCGGUAGCGAGGGGGAUUCUCAGCGCUCUGAGGGGGUGGAAAAACCAGCAGAGCUGCCGAGAGUGGCCGGGGAUCACGUAGAGGGGAGGAGGGCUGAGGUGUGCCCGUGGGAACAGGGAAGGAGUGUCCGAGCAGAAAUCUGCCCCUGGGACACAGAGGGGGCUCGGCCGGAGCAGGAGGGGCAGGCAGCUCCCAAAUCUGGAAGUGUGGAGCAGCCUGGGAUGGGGAUCGCAGGAAAACCCCCAGCUCUGCCCAAAACCUCAUCCCAGCGGGCUGGAACCAAGGAGAGCAAAAAGGCCAACAUCUGUCCCUGGGAGGUGGAGGAUGAGUUGUGCCCAAAAACAGAGAUCUGCCCCUGGGAAGAGACUGAAGUUCCGUCGGGGAGGCACAGAUUGAAGCAGGACACGGGAGGCUCUUCCAAAGGGGAAGAAAAAGUGCGAUCCAGAGCAUCAGAAAAAGGAAAGCAGCCCCCAGCCAGACCCCAAACUGGGAGCCCAGCACUGCCCAAAUCUCCUUCAGGGAAAUCCCAGAGCUCAGAGAGCCUGAGGGCAGAGAUCUGUCCCUGGGAGAGUCAGGACUCUAAAUCCAGUGAUAAAGCAGAGAUCUGUCCCUGGGAAAGUCAGGAUAUUAAAUCCAGUGAUAAAUCUGAAAUCUGCCCCUGGGAGUCUCAGGACUCCAAAUCCAGUGAUAAAGCUGAAAUACCUCUCUGGGAUAUCUGUCCCUGGGAAAUGACUGAACCUCAGCUGGAGAAAGAAACAGCUCCAGGAAAGGAGAGACUUGCAGGAAAAGAAGCCUCCAUAGUUCUGGAGAAGGGGAGCAGAGAGAGAGAAUCGAUCUGUCCUUGGGAGAGCACAGACACAGAGCAGCCGCUGGAUAAACCCAAAACUGGGAGCCCAGCACUGCCCAAAUCUCCUUCAGGGAAAUCCCAGAGCUCAGAGAGCCUGAGGGCAGAGAUCUGUCCCUGGGAGAGCCAGGACUCUAAAUCCAGUGAUAAAGCCGAGAUCUGUCCCUGGGAAGUGGCUGCAGCUCCCUCCAAGGGGGACAAGCGCAACACGCGCCAGGCAGCGCUGGCCAGCCCGGACAGAUCCCCGGACAGCAGAGACCGAGUGUCCAUCUGUCCUUGGGAGAGCCCAGACACGGAGCAGCUCCUGGCCAGAGCCCAAACUGGGAGCCCAGGGAGCAGAGAGAGGGAAUCCAGCUCUUCUUGGGAGAGCCCAGACACGGAGCAGCGCCCAGCCAGACCCCAAACUGGGAGCACAGCACUGCCCAAAUCUCCUUCAGGGAAAUCCCAGAGCUCAGAGAGCCUGAGGGCAGAGAUCUGUCCCUGGGAGAGUCAGGACUCUAAAUCCAGUGAUAAAGCAGAGAUCUGUCCCUGGGAAGUGGCUGCAGCUCCCUCCAAGGGGGACAAGCGCAUCACGCGCCAGGCAGCGCUGGCCAGCCCGGACAGAUCCCCGGACAGCAGAGACCGAGUGUCCAUCUGUCCUUGGGAGAGCCCAGACAUGGAGCAGCCCCUGGCCAGAGCCCAAACUGGGAGCCCAGCACUGCCCAAAUCUCCUUCAGGGAAAUCCCAGAGCUCAGAGAGUCUGAGGGAAGAGAUCUGUCCAUGGGAGUCCCAGGAUGUUAAAUCCAGUGAUAAAUCUGAAAUCUGCCCCUGGGAGAGUCAGGAAUCUAAAUCCAGUGAAAAAGCUGAAAUCCCUCUCUGGGAUGUGGUUGCACAUCAGCUGGAAAAAACAGCAACUCCAGAAAUGAAGAGAUUCCCACGAAAACAACCUUCCAAAGCUCUGGAGAAGGGGAGCAGAGAGAGGGAAUCCAGCUCUUCUUGGGAGAGCCCAGACACAGAGAAGCGCCCAGCCAGACCCCAAACUGGGAGCACAGCACUGCCCAAAUCUCCUUCAGGGAAAUCCCAGAGCUCAGAGAGCCUGAGGGCAGAGAUCUGUCCCUGGGAGAGUCAGGACUCUAAAUCCAGUGAUAAAGCCGAGAUCUGUCCCUGGGAAGUGGCUGCAGCUCCCUCCAAGGGGGACAAGCGCAUCACGCGCCAGGCAGCGCUGGCCAGCCCGGACAGAUCCCCGGACAGCAGAGACCGAGUGUCCAUCUGUCCUUGGGAGAGCCCAGACAUGGAGCAGCCCCUGGCCAGACCCCAAACUGGGAGCCCAAAGGGGAGCAGAGAGAGAGAAUCGAUCUGUCCUUGGGAGAGCCCAGGCAUGGAGCAGCCGCUGGAUAAACCCAAAACUGGGAGCCCAGCACUGCCCAAAGAAUCUUCAGAGAAAUCCCAGAGCUCAGAGAGCCUGAGGGCAGAGAUCUGUCCCUGGGAGAGCCAGGACUCUAAAUCCAGUGAUAAAUCCGAGAUCUGUCCCUGGGAAGUGGCUGAACCUCAGCUGGAGAAAGGAACAGCUCCAGGAAAGGAGAGACUUGCAGGAAAAGAAGCCACCAAAGCUCUGGAGAAGGGGAGCAGAGAGAGGGAAUCGAUCUGUCCUUGGGAGAGCCCAGGCACAGAGGAGCUGUCCCUGAAAAGUGCUGUGGGAAAGGAGCCAUCCAUGAAAUCCAGCAGCAGAGAGAGCAGGAAAUCUGAAAUUUGCCCCUGGGAAGCAGCAGAGCCCCUUGGGUCAGAGGAGGAAAUCUCCCAGGCACAGGGAGCGCACAGAGCUUCCCCCGCUGUGUCUCCAGCACUUGUGGAACAAUCCAGGGGCAGAUCCCACAGGGAGGCCGGGCACAAGCCCCUGUGCCGGCUCCAGCCCAGCACCCAGCACGCAGGGCUGGGCAGCAGCUCCAGCCCCAGCCCUGGCCUGGCUGAGGUUUGUCCCUGGGAAGCUGCAGAGGCUCCAUCAGCAGCUGCCAAGCCCAGCUUGGACACGGGGAAAAGCUCUGAGGUGUGUCCGUGGGAGGAGGAGAGCACAGAGCCCUCGGGGAGCUGCCCCGGGCAGGGCAGAGCUGGGGGCAGCCCCCAGGAUGGGGGUGGGGAGUGAGGGGAUCCAGCACCAGAGGCUCCAUCCAUGGAUCCAUCCAUCCAUCAUCCAUCCAUGGAUCCAUCCAUCCACCAAUGGAUCCAAUCAUCCAUCCAUCCAUGGAUUCAUCUAUCCAUCCAUGGAUCCAUC